AUGAUUGCUCCUCCACUCUGUACCCUUCCUAGAAGGUGGCUUAAUGGAGGUAAAAGAUGCAUUAGCACUAUUGGGUUUGAAGCCCGCAGGGCGGAACUUUCUGUGUACAGUUUUGCUAUGAUUAAUACUAUUACCUUUACACCAAAAAAAUCUUGUUCUCAACAUAGUACUUGGCCUGUACUGUUUGUGAUCUAUAAUUUGCCACCUUGGUUUAGAAGAACUAGAUUUGGUGAUUUAAACCCACAAUUUGCUGUUGAUUCUAUUGGUAAUUUGACCAAUUUAGUGUCUUUUAAUGCUUCUUCAUUUGAACUUCCUGGUAUUAAGGGGUUUAUACCUUUAAGUUUGGGAAAUUUGUGUAGGUUAAAUACUUUGAUUCUAUCUCAAAAUAAUCUUAGUGGUAUUGUCCUUUCUACUUUAAGUCAACUUGUGAGUCUUUCAAUUCUUGAUCUUUCCCACAAUUUGCUUAAUGGGUCAAUUCCAGAAUCAUUUGCCUCCCUUAGGAACCUCUCGUCCCUCGACUUAUCAUCGAAUUUCCUAUCUGGGUCGAUUCCUCGUGGUAUUGGGGUUUUGCAGAAUCUAAGGACCUUGAAUUUUUCCAAUAAUAGGUUUGUGUCUGAUGUCCCACCUCAACUUGGUGAUCUUACUGGUCUGAUUGACCUAGACCUUAGUUUUAAUUCUCUAGGCAGUACGUUGCCUUCGGAUUUAAAGGGGUUGAGGAGUUUGAGAACUUUCGCGGUUGGGAACAAUAAGAUUUUCGAUUCAUUGCCAAAUGGAAUAUUUGCAGAACUGAAAUGA